ACAGUUGCAAAGUAGCACAGGGUGACUCAUGUGUGAAGCAAGGCUUGUUUCAGAAGGGCUCAACAAGGAGCAAAGAGCAAAAGCAAUCCACAGUGAACGCAACACUCCUAGCAAACAGGCAGACAGGCUCUGCUAUUUAAGUUGACCUUCAUGAGCUGCCCGCUUGCUGUAAAAGGAGAGCCAGCGAAGGUAGUGCUUUAAGAGCCCCUACAGGAGUGUGAACAGCCCUGCUUCAGCAGCAAAGCCUCUGGUCCACAUCUUGGGAAGAAUAUGGCCACUUCUUGGGACGCUGUCUUUUUCAUGCUGAUGAUAGCCUGUGUUAGCAGCACUGUCUUCUACAGAGAACAGCAGACAUGGUUCGAGGGUGUCUUCUUGUCUUCCAUGUGCCCCGUUAAUGUCAGUGCCAGCACCUUUUAUGGGAUUAUGUUUGAUGCAGGCAGCACUGGAACUCGAAUUCAUGUUUACACUUUUGUGCAGAAAACAGCAGGACAGCUUCCCUUUCUGGAAGGAGAGAUUUUUGAGUCUGUGAAGCCAGGACUUUCUGCUUUUGCAGAUCAACCCAAGCAGGGUGCUGAGACUGUUCAAGAACUCUUAGAUUUGGCCAAAGACUCAAUCCCCAAAAGUCAUUGGAAAAGGACCCCAGUGGUUCUGAAAGCAACGGCUGGACUGCGUUUACUGCCAGAACAGAAAGCCCAAGCUCUGCUCUUCGAGGUAGAGGAGCUCUUCAAGAAGUCGCCUUUCCUGGUCCCAGAUGACAGCGUCACCAUCAUGGAUGGGUCUGAUGAAGGCAUAUUAGCUUGGGUUACUGUGAACUUUCUAACAGGUCAACUGCAUGACCAUGGCCAGGAGACUGUGGGGAUCCUUGACCUGGGGGGUGCCUCCACCCAAAUCACGUUUCUACCCCAGUUUGCGAAAACCCUGGAACAAACGCCUAGGGACUACCUCACUUCCUUUGAGAUGUUUAACAGCACUUUUAAGCUCUAUACACAUAGUUACCUGGGAUUUGGAUUGAAAGCUGCAAGACUGGCAACGCUGGGAGCCCUGGAAACAAAAGGAACUGAGGGACAUACAUUUCGAAGUGCCUGUUUACCAAGAUGGUUGGAAGCAGAGUGGAUCUUUGGGGGUGUGAAAUAUCAGUAUGGUGGCAACCAAGAAGGGGAGAUGGGCUUUGAGCCCUGCUAUGCAGAAGUGCUGAGGGUAGUGCGAGGAAAACUUCACCAGGCGGAAGAGAUUCGGGGAAGCUCCUUUUACGCUUUCUCCUACUACUAUGAUCGAGCUGCCGAUACACACUUGAUUGAUUAUGAAAAGGGUGGUGUUUUAAAAGUUGAAGAUUUUGAAAGAAAAGCCAGGGAAGUGUGUGAUAACUUGGAGAGCUUCACCUCAGGCAGUCCUUUCCUAUGCAUGGAUCUCAGUUACAUCACAGCUUUAUUAAAAGACGGCUUUGGCUUUGCAGAUGAUACCCUCUUAAAGCUCACAAAGAAAGUGAACAACAUAGAGACGGGCUGGGCCCUGGGGGCCACCUUUCACCUGCUGCAGUCCCUGGGCAUCUCCAGCUGAGGCUGCCGUGUCCUCUGAAGCCUGCAUUUCUCAAAAACUUGGUUUUACAAGAAGGAGAGGACUCAGGCAUUUUCUGAACAAUUCUGGGGAAAGCCUGGACUGAAACCCAUUAACUGGCUUUAUUGGGAGGGAAGGGGUUUUAUAGAUGAGUCUUGCCCUUGAGCCUCGUGAUUUGGGCUUAAUUAAUUUUGCACAUCUACUGUGAACAGCUCCCUAACCACUUGGCAGGUGCAAAGCUGGCACCAGAGUGUAAAUCUUUUGAGAUUCUUUGUAUGUCAGUCCUGUGAAGAAACAAGAAUAGACUUGGAACUCCAUGUUAGAUUGAGAGUUCAGAGACAAGUCCCUGGGAACCAAAGAAAAAUCUCAUUUCAACCCUUGGAGUGCCUCAUUCCUUUGAAUGUUUCAGUUUUUUGCUUAUAAGCUAAAUUAAGCUGACUUACUGAAGUCCCAUAACCUAUUAAUACUGAUAUUUUUUCUUCUUCCUACCCUUAUACAUUCCCUACCCUAAAACCCAAGGUGAGAACUAUGUGGCUUUGCAUUUCCAUUUGUAAUUCAAAGAGAAGGGGAAAAGACACUAUAUUAGAAUUUGUGUGACCCUAUGGCACAAUUUAGAGCUUAGAGUGGCCCUGGGUGUUUUAUUUUUAGACUGAGGUCAUGUUACCUUGCUCUGGCUAGCCUGUGUAACCCAAAUUGCCUUGAAUUGUUAAUUCUCCUGCCUCUGCCUCCUGGGUCUUGGGUUACAGGUGAACCAUCAUGCUCAUGUCAUGUUAAAUCUCACAAGAUGAGCGUGCACCUCUUACUGUGCCGACUAGAGCUGUAGGAAGGAGGGCUGAUCCGUCCGUUGAGAGGGAUGGCUGUUGCAGACCGUGACUGCUGCUCGGUUACCACCUUCUUCUCAUGGCCCUAAACUUAGCAUCUUUCUGUUUCUUUGACAUACAGCUGCACCCUAGUUUUGGUCUGUGGUUAGAAGUUAGUGUGUGUGCUGUUUGAGUCUAACGAUGACCAACGCUUUCAGUUUGUCCUUUUGGGGGUUGAGGUGUGGAAAGUGCUGGAGAUUGAACCCAGGACUUCUUGCAUGUUAGGCACAAUGUGCUACCACUUUAUAGUAGUGCUUUCUUGCCUGGAUUCUUGCUGAUUUUAGCCAGAACUUUCUGAAUUUAUUGUCUCCUUCAGGAUUUUAUAUCCCCUUACCACCGAUACCCAACAUUUGAUUUGAUUGAUUCUUUCGGCCCCUGUCAGAACAAGGACUAACAUUUCUAGAGAACCGUGUGGUUUUCUCAGUCCACUCUGUUUUGAGGUUGAACACAGACCAUCAUGCAUGCUAGGCAUGGGUGCUCUACUACAUUAUAAAGUCAUUAUCUUAAUUUUUUUUGCCAGGCAAUGGCGGCGCACACCUUUAAUUCUAGCACUUGGGGAGGCAAAAGCAGGUGAAUCUCUGAGUUCGAGGCCAGUCUGGUCUAUAGAGCAAAUUCCAAGACAGCCAGGGCUACACAGAGAAACCCUGUCUUAAAGGGAGAAAAAAAAAGUGCUGUCAUUUCUUGUGUGACUGUCAUUGGCUUGCCUCCUACUCGGUUCUGGGUUUGAAACAUUGAUAUUGCUCAGCAGCUGUCAUAGCAUUUCCCCUUCCUCUUCUCUUUUAGAGUUUUCAGCUCCCCUAACUUCCUUCCACUCUUCAUAAAGGAUAUGACUAUGCCUGUCUCCAUGGCAGUCCCCAGGGAACCUUCUUUCUGAAGCCAUUACAUUGAGUCAAUAAGUAUUACCAUCUGCUGUGUAUAAAUAGUAGGCAAAUUUGUAUAUUACUCCCAAUUUUAGGGGUUUGUUUUGAUUAAAUGUGGAAUUUCUUCAGACUUUGAUACUAAGAGUAUGUGUCUUGAGAGUAUGUGUCUUGAGACUAGGUUUCAGUGUUGCUUAAGUCAGCCAUGAACUUCUUGGACACAAGUGAUCCUUUCACCUUGGACUCCUGAGUAGCGAGACUAUAGGAAGGCAUGCUGAGCCUGGCUCAAACUUCCAUUACUAAGUUCACUUUCACUUAUUGCCUUCUUCAAAAAUAAUGCUCCCCAGGCAGUGGUGGCUCAUGCCUUUAAUCUCAACACUUGGGAGGCAGAGGCAAGCAAAUCUCUGAGUUCAAGGCCAGCCUGGUCUCCAGAGCAAGUUCUGGGACAGCCAGGACUACACAGAGAAACCCUGUCUCAAAAGAAAGAACAAAUAACAAACCCCAUAAUGCUCAUACAUAAUGAAAUAGAUUUUCUACACUGGCAAUAGCCUGAAGGUAAAAUCCAGUUUCCUAUGGAAUGCAUACUCAGUGUCUCUCUUCUGUUAAGUGUUUGCCUUUCCACUUAGGAUGUCACUGUUUACAGCUUCACUAGCUGAGAGCUACCUCCUUCCCUUCGGUCAUCUUCUGCUUUCUCCUAGUCCAAAACCUUUCAGACUCUUUGAAGAUAACUACAUUUUUAUGACUUUUAAAAAACACGGCAUAUUUUCUAGACUUAAAAGUAUUAGACCAGUCACAGUCCACUAAGUGCUGGUACAGUUGAGAGAAGCCAAUCUGCUUCCCCGAGAGCAAACUCUACAGCAGGCUUUAUAGCACAGGCCUGUAAUCCUAGCUACCUUGGAGCUGAGGCAGGAGGAUUACAAGUCAUAGGCUUUCUAUGUAGCCAGUUUGAGGCCACUGGGCAACUCAAUAAGACCGUCAAGAAGUUUUAAAAGGGAGAGGGGUUAGAAGAUUUCAGAGGGGCUGGAGAAUGGCUCAGAGGUUAAGAGCACUGACUGCUCUUCCAGAGGUCCUGAGUUCAAUUCCCAGCAACCACAUGGUGGCUCACAACCAUCUGUAAUGAGAUCUGGUGCCCUCUUCUGGAAUGCAGGCAUACAUGCAGGCAGAACACUGCAUACAUAGAUUUAAAAAGAUUUCAGUGGCAAAGCAUAUUUAGCAUAUCAGGUCCUAGAUUCAAGCCCAGCACUAAAUAAACGAAGUGAACAGCUCCAGCUGACAAGUGAGUUCCUCCUCGUUGUACCACAGGUGGCUCCUGAAGCCUCAGAACAGGCACCCUAGCUGUGUACUGUCCCAUAGACACCUUCGGUUACCUUGGAAACUGCCAGAACUCUUAAAUAGAUGGACUCUCACCUCAGAAAUUUAUCUGCAUACAUCCAUCUUGACCAGAGAGCCUGUAGAUUUACCUAUCCUUUUAAAUACAAUUUGGAGUCUUAAAUUUUCUUAGGGG